AUGGUUCACUUUUCAUUCCUUGCCGCUUCCACUUUAGUCGCGACAGUUUUGUCGGCCGCUAUUCCCGACAAUGCCACCAAGCCAGGUUUCCUCAAGUUGGCGUUCGAAGUUCUCAGAGGCCCUCCUAGUAUUUCCAAGAGGGAAAAUGGUGCAAUUACUCAGACUUUGUUCAACAAAAACGUCUUUUACCUCACUUACGUUUAUGCUGGUUCCAAUAAGCAGCCAAUUGGCGUGGACAUUGAUACCGGCUCUUCAGACUUGUGGUUCGUUGACAAAGACGCUGGAUGUGCCUACCGGUCGUGUCGGUACGGUACUUACGAUCCAAGUUCGUCUUCUUCAGCCAACAAUCUCUUUUACCCUUUUUCGAUUAGAUAUGGUGAUAAAACCGGUGCCAAGGGAACUUAUUAUACCGACGAUAUUACCCUUGGAUCGGCUGACUCGCCCUAUGUGUUAAGAGGCUUGCAGUUUGCUGAUACUACCACAAACACCGCUGAUGUUGGAAUCUUGGGUAUUGGCAAAACCACCAACGAAGCUUCCAAGGUCGAGUACCCCAACUUUCCUCAAGUGUUGAAGGACCAAGGUUAUAUCAGCAAGAACGCCUAUUCGUUCUACUUGGAUACCGCCAAAGCACGUACUGGACUGGUUCUUUUCGGCGGCAAGGAUUUGGCCAAAAUUGAUGGAGAUUUGGUUACGCUUCCUGUCACGAGAAAGACCGAACUUUCGGUGAAAUUGAACACCCUUUCCGUUGGAGAUGUCACAGCUGAGUUCAAUUACGAUGCUCUUUUGGACUCGGGAACCACCACCAUAUUCCUUCCUCUCGAGAUUUCCAAGAAGCUCUUUUCUCCUUAUGGCAAUUACAGUGAAACCUCCAAAUUAUAUCAGACAACUUGUGGUGAACCAUUGCCGGAUGUCAACUUGAAAUUCUCGUUCGACGGAAUUGACUUUGAGGUUCCUCUCUCCACAUUCCAUUACAAGGAUAUAACCGAUGACGAUGGAAAUGACUUGGGAUGUGGAUAUCAUGUUGGUGAGCUGGACAUUAAAGAUCCAGAAAUCAUUCUUGGUGAUUUUUUCAUGAGAAGCGCCUAUAUUGUGUACGAUUUGGACGCAGACACAAUUUCCCUUGGACAUCCCAAGUACACCACAGACACCAAUGUUGUUCCAAUCUGA